UAGGCCAUUAGCAAGACCCGCCUAGCUAACGUUACAUGGCUGGGGUAGCAGUGGCGCUUUUUGUCACCGCCUUUUCAACCGACGUUCACACCGGGUGAACGUAUCCGGUGUGGCAUUAAACACUCCGGGAUGGAAACAGGACUUCGAUACGAACAAAGUGGACUGGAGCGCAUUCACACUGUUUGCCCAACCUGCUUUUGCCCACAUUGGGGUGAUUGGAGGCUGUGCACGCUUGGUCCUUACUAGUAAUUCCUUAUGCUUGAAAGAAGCAACACGCGGUGUCUUACAGGAUGGAUGGUGUGGACUUGAAGAGACUUUUGUAUCAACAUCAACGCUCUGCAUUCUGCUGCAGUGUUCAGUCUUUUUCUAUUUUCAAGAGAACACCUCCCAUUUUGCACCCCCAGUCCCUGCACUAUAUAUAUAAAGACAGUCUUUGAGGAAUCAAACGGAAAGCACAAGAUAGAUCUCAAUUUAGCUUUUUCGUUUUUGAAGAGCGGUUCAUACCACCUAGCCAAGCCAGGCAGACAUGGAAGUAAUGUUCUUUUAAUUUUUGUUUACUGUACCCUCUUACUCUAAGCCUGGGUGGUGGGAUGUCGGAAAAGCCAGACGACAAAAUGGUGAAGUUCCUAGUCCCCCCGCAGAGAAGCGGAAACGGCCCCAGUUCUGGUUCAGAUUCGAUGGUGGGUGACUCCCGGCCGGUGGAAAUGAGACGCCGACAUCACACUAUGGAGCGUGAUCGAUGUAACCCCGAGCACCGUUUUUUGCGUCGAAGUGUCAUCAGUGAUUCCAAUGCCACGGCACUCGCCCUUCCUUUACCCAGCAAAAUCCCCAUCCCAUUACCUCCACAGGUUCAACGUCAGGAAUCGGUCCCUCCAGAUCACAAGGCUGCUGGUACUCCUUUACAGAAGGCUGAACCAAGAAACGAUCAAAGUGAGACGUCUGCUGACAGUGGCAGAGAAAAACAACAGGGAAUCGAUAUUGAGGUUGCCAAGGUAGAUGUUUUGUCUUCGGCUCAACAGGCUACUGUUGUCCAAGACGUUAGAGAUGGAGAGAUGUUGGCAGAAGCUUCCACUGCACCAUGCUUAGAGGCACAUUUCCCAAGUCACAGUGAACCUGAGAGCGUCACUGAGGUGAAGGUUUCUCCUGAGAAUGAGGGGGAGGAGGAAGAUAAGGACUCUGCCAGGGCACGAGCUGAGGCAGAGCAAAGAGAGGCUGAGAAAAGAGUGCAGGAUGACAUCGAGGAGGCAGAAACUAAAGCAGUGGGAACAUCACCGGACGGACGAUUCCUAAAGUUUGAUAUCGAAAUCGGACGUGGCUCUUUCAAGACUGUCUACAAAGGCUUGGACACUGAAACCACAGUGGAGGUGGCAUGGUGUGAGUUGCAGGACCGUAAGCUGUCGAAGACAGAGCGGCAGCGCUUUAAGGAGGAGGCGGGGAUGUUAAAGGGACUUCAGCAUCCCAACAUUGUUCGCUUUUAUGACUCCUGGGAGGGACCUUCCAAAGGAAAGAAGUGCAUUGUUCUGGUUACAGAACUGAUGACCUCUGGUACACUCAAAACAUAUCUGAAACGGUUCAAGGUGAUGAAAAUUAAAGUGCUGCGUAGCUGGUGUAGGCAAAUCCUGAAAGGACUCCACUUCCUUCACACUCGGGCUCCUCCGAUCAUCCACAGAGAUCUCAAAUGCGACAACAUUUUUAUCACAGGCCCAACGGGAUCUGUCAAGAUUGGAGACCUGGGACUGGCCACACUGAAGCGAGCAUCCUUCGCCAAGAGUGUUAUAGGUACCCCUGAGUUCAUGGCGCCUGAGAUGUAUGAGGAGAAGUACGACGAGUCAGUGGAUGUUUAUGCCUUUGGAAUGUGCAUGCUGGAGAUGGCCACCUCAGAGUACCCGUACUCAGAGUGCCAGAAUGCUGCACAGAUCUACCGCAGAGUUACCAGCGGGGUGAAGCCGGGCAGCUUCGACAAGGUGGCCAUUCCUGAGGUGAAGGAAAUCAUUGAGGGAUGCAUACGUCAGAACAAGGAUGAGAGGUACUCUAUCAAAGAUCUCCUAAACCAUGCCUUCUUCCAAGAGGAUACAGGUGUGCGCGUGGAGUUGGCUGAAGAGGAUGAUGGGGAGAUGGAGGCGAUCAAGCUCUGGCUGAGAAUUGAAGAUAUAAAGAAACUGAAGGGGAAGUACAAAGACAACGAAGCUAUUGAGUUUUCGUUUGACCUCAACAAAGAUGUCCCUGAAGAUGUGGCUCAGGAAAUGGUUGAAUCUGGUUAUGUUUGUGAAGGAGACCACAAGACCAUUGCAAAGGCCAUAAAGGACAGGGUGUCUCUCAUCUCUCGCAAGAGGGCGCAGAGGCAGCAGGUCAGAGAAGAUCAAGAGAAGAAACGGCUUGAAGAGGAAGUACAGAGCCAUUCACUGCCGCCUCAACAACAAGUGGCCCAGCAGUCCGGUUUGGAGGUGUCUCAGUCGCAGCCAGUGCCACAACCUCUAUCCCAUGUUGCACCUCAACCUACUCAGCACAGCACACAGAUGAGCGGCCAACCAGCAUCUCAGCAGAGCAUUCAGAGCUCAAACUACAGUACUGCUCAGCCCACUAAUCUCACUGGGAUGGCCCAGGGGGUCCCCCAGCCGGUUUAUGUUCCCCAGUCAAGUGCGCAAGUCCAAGUUCCUGUGCAGGGACAGAGCAUCAGUGGCAUCCAGCCAGAGUCUGAAGAGUCUGAGUCUGACCAACAUCUACAGCAGACUGGGGGAGCUGUGGACAUGGGGGACAGAUUACCUGGCUCCUCCACCAUUCCUGAGGCCCUGCCUCCUCAGCCUAAUGUAUCCUACAGUUCUACAAAUCAGCAUCUUCAGCCGCAGGCAUCAUGUUCACAGAUGCAAACUGAUUCAAUGCAGCAGUUGUCAACGGUGCAGGUCGGUCAGUCUGAAGCGGUUCUUAGUGCAUCCACCAACCAGCCGGCCUCAGUGACGCCUCCGCAGUACGGAGUUUACUACCAACCAUCGCCUCCCCCUCAGCAACAGUUGGAAAGCAGCAGCGCGCUGCCUCAAGCUCAGAGUGGAGCUCAGCAGCCACAGCUUUGGGGGAGCGAUCCAAGUCCUCCUAUCAUGUCUCCACCAAUCAACGCAGAGCACCUAUACUUCCUCUAUCAGGCGUCAUGCCUCUCUCUUUUGCAGGGUCCUGUGACUGUUCCUCUUUCAACAUCAGUGGAGCAGCCUGUGGGUUCUUCUGCUUUAGUGCCACCAUCUGGGGAUGGCUGCCUAUCAGAUGCAGCUUCGGGUCUAAGCGACGGGAAUGAAGGGGCUUCUACCUCUGGGGGUCGGCACGAAGGGCGCUCUAUGAAACGACACCAGCGGCGAUCCGUCCGUAGCCGCUCCCGUCACGAGAAGACCGCAAAGGCCAAGCUAAAUGUUCUCAGUAUUUCUAAUGUGGGAGACCGAGUCGCAGAGUGCCAACUGGAAACACACAACCGAAAGAUGGUGACCUUCAGAUUCGAUCUCGAUGGUGAUAAUCCAGAGGAGAUUGCACACAUAAUGGUUGAAAGUGAGUUCAUCUUGGAGAGUGAGCGCGAGUCGUUCAUUGAGCAAGUCCGGGAGGUCAUAGAAAUGGCUGAUGAGAAAGGAGAGAGCAUUAAAGAUGGCUUCCCACAGAUGAGUAAUCAACAAAAGCCUGAGCUUACUGUUCCCAUGGUACCAGGCAUAUCCCCCAGCACCACCACUCAGGUGGUUCAUUCAACAGGACGAAGGUUCAUAGUGAGCCCUGUUCCAGAGUCUCGUCUUAAAGAACAGUUCUUUGGAGCCCCUUCUGCUAAUGCAUCCGUUAGAGAUGAGCCUCCCACUGUUCCCUUGGGCCUUUCGCUGUCUGCUCCAUCUGCGACUCUUCAGCACGCUUUCAGUCAAAUCAAACAGGCUCGAUUGGACAGAAGCAGCACCCUCGAUUCUGCUCCAGCUGAGCAAGAGCCAGUCAUUGUUCAGUCCACGGAUGUUACUAAUAUACCCCAAGCUCCUCCUGAAGCCGUGGCUUCCACCACUAAUGUUGUCGCGUCUACUGGAGCAUCUUCACCUCCUCAUUCAGCAAGAGUUUCACCUCCACCAACAUCUGUCCCAUCCCAAACUGUGAAUAAUGAUUCGAGUCCAUCACCGCAGUCUUCCCAUGAAACGGCUAACUCACAGCAUCCGCCAUCUAGCAGCAUCCCUCCUUCAUCCUCAACCGUUUCUCCUCCGUCAACGCAGACGUCCAUACCUGCAGUACCCGGGUCACAGCCAAGCAGUGUGGCUGCUGGUAGUCCAUCCGUCCCCCUUUCAGAGCGGCAGCCCUUUAAUAGUGCUGUUACAGCCAUUCCUUCUCAGCAUCCACCUCCCACUACAUUAGCCAGUCAGACACAGACCCAGACACAACCACCGGAGUCUGAGGGAGCUGAUGUCCAAUCAAAGACUGGUGGGAGAGAUGACAUCCAAGCCCUAGACAUGAAGCUCCGGUCCCUCUUCAAAGACCCACUCUCUACCUCCUCAAUGUCAUUGGAUCACAGUUCGGGCACCGGCACCUCCUCUCCUCCUACUGGAACUACUUCUCCACCUCCGGGAACCGCCCUGGUUCCUCCAUCUAACCUUCUCCUCACUUCUGCCUCAACCACACCAGUGGGACAUGCACAGCCCCCUCCAUCAAAACCCCGGGCAGAGACUCCACCUACUGAUCUUGAUCAAGCCGCUACGCCUUCCUCUGAACCUGUACACCCAUUUCCUGGACCAAACCAGUCUCAGCAGCCCCAGGGGAAUCUAGAUACCCAGUUAAAGAGAGCUCCAAGUCCUGAAAACGCCCAGGGAAGUGAUGACGUCCAGCCUCCAGCGGCAGGUUUAAUUGUGGGACGUUUUAAAGUCUCUGUUACAGUCGACAGUGCAACCAGCAGUACACCAGAUCCGUCCCUCACUGUGUCUCCUUCGUCCCUCACACCAUCCUCUACUUCCUCCUCCACGCCUUCAAGCCCAGAAAAUACCAUCCACCGGUCAUCCCCUCUGCCUAAAGGACCCAGUGAAGCUGAGGGAACCUCAACUGUCUCUACUGAUUCUGCCAGUCAGCCCACCAAGGUUGGACGCUUCCAGGUGUCCAAGAGCAACGAUGCCUUGUCUGAAACAAGUGCUGCCUCUAAAAUGGGACGAUUUUUAGUCACAGUGACCCCAGCUCCAGUAGCAAACUCUAGUUCACAGCACGGCAGCUGUUUGCUGAAUGGACCAUCAUCCCCAGCCGCUGAUCCUCCAAACCCACGACUUCCUAACAGCAGUGACAAUGAGGGGGACUCUGAAACAGAGGAUGAAGCCCUUCAGAAAGAAAUAAGUCGCCUCAGAGAAAAACACAUGAAGGAGAUUCAGGCUUUACAGGGUCGUCAGAAACAGGAAAUAGAGGCCCUGUACUCUAAAAUGGGAAAAGCUCCCCCUCCAUGUGUCGUCUCUCCUGCUCUGGCCCUGGGUGGAGGUCGGCGUAGGCGCAAAAGCCACAGAUCUCGCAGCAGUGGACAGCCCAAUCCUAUUAAUUCAGGUCAGGGUCAUGGGUCAGAGUCCCCUCUGAAGCAGAGUUUGCCCUCUGCAACAGGAGCUCCAGAAACUGCAGUUAGCACAUCUCUACAACCACUCACAUCCUCUCCAUCCCUGCCAAGCCUCAGCAGUGGUUCCUCUGGAUCAAGUGGAACCAGCUCCUCAAAUAGUUCAGGCCCCUGCCAGAACAUCUCUGCGUCUCAUUCCCAGACGGCUGGAGCUACUCCCUCUCCAUCUCAAACCCAGAAGACCAAGAGCACCUUUUCUGAUGACAUGCACCAGCUGGUGGAUAACUUUGCCAGAGACGCCAAGAAAGGACCUAAAACUGGAACACUGGCAACUGGUGGACUUGACAUCAUCCCUCCAGCGAACAUGGGCCGUAAAUUUUCAGCUCCAGGACACCUCGGCCCGGCACUUCAUGCACCCUCCAACUGUACAACCACCACUAGCACCCAUCUUCCCAACCCAGGCAAUCCCACAGCCCCUCUGGGUCCUCUUAAAGCCUCUCUGGGUCCAGCUACCCAGCCCUUUGGAUAUGCCUCAGCCAACUACAGUGCUUCUCAGUGGGCAGGACCCACAGGCACCUGCCAGGUCAGCAUGCACAACCCUGCACAGCCACUAAAGCAGUACCAGCCCCCUACAACAGUCUCGGUCUCCAUGCAUCAAGGCUACCAAAUGGGACCAACUCAGACCAACCAGACGUCGGUCAGCCACGGAGGGACCAGUUCAAGGCCUACGUAGCCCAGUCAGGGCCCUGCUCUAAGCUGAGACGAUGGGCUGUACAGAGCAGAGAGGCCAGCCAGUUGCUGACUGAGAACCACAGCCUCUCUUUGCAUUCUGCUGGUUAGCCGGCUGUGUAUUGUGCUUUUUAAUUUCAUCUUUUAACAUUGUGUAUUAUUUCUGUUAAAGAGUUUGACCUGUGUGGUUCGAGUCCUCUCAGGUAGAUUUAAGUCUGUCUGACAACUGGUGGGAGAGUGCAAUACACCUCCACAGCACAAAAGCAUCACUCUUAGCCCGCCUUUAGCUGUGGAAGCAAGCUGUGACGAGUCAGGCGGCCGUGUCUGGAAAAGUAACACACACCUAAGGCGUAACCAAAAGCAGCCACAGCUCUUUUGAAAGCAAGAUGCUGCAACGUCGUCAUUUCUUUUUAAGGAGGAAAGCAAGAAGAGGGAUUGUGAGGUAACCUAAUUGAUCUGGGCUUUAGACCAAGCUGUGACUGAAGACUGUGGAGCUUGUUCACAUGAUUGAACAGAAACCUGGCGAAGGAAAGUAGAGGUGUUUCAGCAAGUGAAGGGGAGAGCACGAGUGUACAGAAAGUGUAAAAUGAGAACGGGAAGUCAUAAGACGGUGUAGAGUUCGAGGGAAGACUUAGUAAGUUAGGCAGAGGAACUGAUGGGGCUGCCAUAUGAAUAGAUCCCAGAGACUACUGAGUAAAAUGCAAUAAUGGUGAAGUAGAUGAACAGUCCCUUAUAACUGUGGCCUUAAUCCCCAAACACAUCUAAACAUUGGCUUUGUACAUAGAGAUAAGUUCACUGGGUUAUGAUUCUAUAUUUAACAUAUUUCUGUCUCUGUGAGAGUCUGGUGUCAUUGUGGUUUGAGUUUUCUAUCAUCCAGAGUCACAUAUAAACCAGUGGAUCUGCAACAUGCGAGAACAUCCUGGUGUUGAUCACAUUAGCUAAACUGACAGGGCGGCGCUGCUGGAGAUCCUCAUGUAAGCAGGGUGUUGACCCCCUGACCCCACCCCAAACAUGAAAUUACUCCUCUGACUUCAGCCGAGUUAUGAAUUGCUGAUUAUACGCAUAUCACAUUCAGAUCAGUUUUAUUGGGAUAGUAUUUAAAGUUUUCUGUUGUGUGAACAGGCAGCACGAAGGACACCAAUAAACGGGUCAACCGCAAAGUCGUGUCCCUUAAGAUAUUUGCAUCCAUAACAUUUAACUGUGACCUCUCACCUCCCAAAGUGUCUGGGUUUUUCUUUUCCUCUGUGGUCUGUUUUUGUAAGCGUAUAUUUAAUACAACAGACAAACGUUCUUUAUGGACCUGUAUUCAGCCAUCAGAUUUUGAUGUUGUUUCACUGUAAUUAUUAUUAAAAGGUUGUUAAACAACAUGUAAAGAAAUAUUAAAAAAGUGCAAUUGCAGGGUGGUUGCAGUUAAUAUCGUACUCACCGUGCAGGAGUGAACCUGCUGUUUAUUAAGCUCUUCUGUGACGGCCCUGCACCCAUUUUUCUAUUUGUUCUAUUUUGUUUUUUUGUUUUUGUAAAUAUGCUAGUGAGGUAAAAUGCUUUCACAUAACUUCUCAGUCACAAAAGUUUGCCUGUGGUGACCCACUCUUCAUGCACUCUAACCUGUAAACACGAGGAACACUUUAGUGCCUUGCAUCCUCACUAAUGGUCGGUUCCACUCAUCCAGUCCCUGCAGUUAAACCAGUAUAUGAAGCAAAACACCACUCGGUCAGUUCAGAGCAUGCAACGCUGAAACAGACGCAGAACCAAGAGCACACAGUUAAAAAGUGCAGUUUCUUUUCUCUCUACAUUUACAUUUGUGUUGGUUGUGUAAUCAGCUGUCUUUCUACUUGGCUCGUGGAAACAUGGAUUUUUUGCUGACAUUUUUUUGUGAAUUUAUUACUUAACUUUAUAGAAGCACGUGUUUAAGAGGAGAGUGGGCUGUACAAAGGUUCAGAGGUCCUCCUGCUGACUCAGCUGCUGUCUCACCACCUCGCAGCGGUGCCAUGCUGUUGUUGUGACUCUUUCGCCUGCCUGUAGAUCGAAUUGUUUUAACUUCUCUAGAGAAAAAAAUGACUUCCUGCAAUGCAGGAUAUGCAAUGUUUAAAGUUUUAUAGGGAAUGAGGGGUGUUGGAAACAUUUGCAUGCUGACGAAGUGUUAACUUCAACGUUUUCGGUAUCAGAAUAAGUAUUUCUUUUGUUCAUUUGCUUUCCUGACAGUCGUUAAUAUCACAGACGCAACUUCAGCCUCAGAUUAUCAGCAUGCUCGUUUCACUGGUUGUUUAUUCCUAUAUAUAACAACCAUUUGGCAACAGACCACUGCACAGCACAAGCUCACAAAGGUUAAAAUCCCUGUGCUACCACACACUCACCAGACCCCUCUGUACUGUACUGUUAAAGGCCACCGGCACGCAGUUACACUUUCAUCUGAUCCCUCCUGACUUCCUGUGAUUCUGUGUCUGUUUUGUGUACGUUUUUCCACAUUGUACAAAAUGUAAAAACAAAUAAAAAUAUCAAAUACAA